GGAUAACAUGGUUGUUAUUUCAGCAGCGGCUUACAAAGACCAUGCUGUUUGUCUGCCUCAUUGUCAGUCUGGUCUUUUGCUGUGUCUUUAUCGGGUUAGCAGUGAAGUCAAACGUAGAACAGCUGUAUUUUAGCUGGGUGUCUGAAAAGGGCACACGGUCAAAAUGCUUCCUAGAGUGUGUGUCUUUUUUGAGAGUAGGGCUGCAGUAAUCUGCUGUGGGAGUUUGUAGUAACUGAGACAGGUGCACUGCAUGUGUACCACUUAGUUAGGUUGACACCUUUUUAAAUGAGUUCAUUCUGCAUGCAAGUUGGAGUCUUGUACAAACUGAGGGUGCACCAAAUGCCUUGCCAUUUGGUGCACCUGCCGUGGUCCGUCUUGUCCUCUCUCCCCAUGUGAUUUAUUUAUGUUUACUGAGCUUCAGUCUGCAGGUGGUACAAUGGUUAUAAUGUGCAACAAACACAGAAUAAGUACUACUCUAUAGCCAACGGGAUACCAAGGACUCGAUUGCAGUCGCUUCAAGCCUGAUAGUUUGUCCUUGUGGCUGCUUCCCCUCUCCAUUCUGCUCAGUGGUCAGCUGGCAUUUCUUCUGACAACUUCCCAUCCCUCUCCCUGGGUGAAGAAGACUUAGUUCUCACAGCGAUCUUAGUCUGCUUUGCCUGGUGCCUACGUUUGUUUCCUGUUCUGCUCUCAGCAGUGGUGCUUCCCUGGAUUUGAAUUAUUCUCUAUUAGAUAAUUUGUCAAAAUUUUUCCAAGAUGAUUCAAAACGGUUAUUUGAUCUUUGAGGAUGAAAGUUUCCUGGACUCUACCGUGGCCAAAAUGAACGCCCUGAGGAAAAACGGGCAGUUCUGUGACGUUAGGCUGCAGGUGUGUGGUCACGAACUCAUGGCCCACCGUGCAGUUCUGGCUUGCUGCAGUCCCUACCUGUUCGAGAUCUUUAACAGUGACAUCGAGUCUCACGGAGUCUCUCAUGUCACUUUUGAGGACUUGGACCCAGAGGCUGUGGAGAUCUUGCUAAACUACGCCUAUACUGCCCAACUCAAGGCAGACAAGGAGCUGGUCAAGGAAGUUUACUCUGCAGCCAAAAGGUUUAAAAUGGAGCGAGUCAAACAGAUUUGUGGCGACUACCUGCUGUCUAAGUUGGAUUCCCAGAAUGCCAUCUCCUUUCGAAACUUCGCCAGCUCCAUGGGAGAUGCUAGAUUUUUGUCCCAGGUAGAUGCCUUCAUCCAAGACCAUCUACUGGAAGUGUCUGAACAGGAGGACUUCCUUAAACUUCCCCGCCUUAAGUUGGAGGUAAUGCUAGAAGACAACCUCACACUGCCCAGCAAUGGCAAGCUCUACUCGAAGGUUCUCAACUGGGUGCAGCGUAGCCUGUGGGAGAACGGUGACCAUCUGGAACGACUGAUGGAGGAGGUGCAAACGCUGUACUACUCACCUGACCAUAAGCUGGUGGAUGGAGGGCUGGUGAUUGAGGGGCACAGUGAGGUGUUUGGUGGCGAGGAGGACCACCUUCAGUUUGUGCAGAAGAAACCUGUACGGGAGAGCGACCAGCGACAGAUGAGCUGCAGCUCUUCAGGAAGCCUGUCUCCCUCCAACCAAGCAGCAAACGCCCCAAAGCAGACCGCCAGGAGAGAGUGGAAAUACAUCGCCUCUGAGAAGACCGCAAACAACAACUACUUGUGUCUGGCUGUGCUGGACGGCGUGCUGUGUGUGAUCUUCUUGCACGGUCGCAACAGCCCUCAGACGUCUCCCUCUGCCACUCCCUGCUUGAUGAAGAGCCUCAGCUUCGAGGCCCAGCCAGAAGAGCUCGAAGAGCAACCGCUCUCACCCAUGCAUUAUGCUCGCUCCGGCCUGGGCACCGCAGCCUUGAAUGGAAAAUUCAUCGCAGCAGGCGGCUACAACAGAGAGGAGUGUCUGAGGACUGUCGAGUGUUACGACCCCAAGGAGGACCGCUGGACUUUCAUCGCACCCAUGCGGACUCCGAGGGCUCGUUUCCAGAUGGCUGUGCUCAUGGGUCAGCUUUACGUGAUUGGAGGUUCAAACGGACAUUCUGAUGAGCUGAGCUGUGGGGAGAAAUACGAUCCUCGCACUGAUGAGUGGACUCAAGUACCAGAGCUGAGGACGAAUCGCUGCAACGCAGGCGUCUGCUCCUUGAACAACAAACUCUAUGUUGUGGGAGGGUCGGAUCCCUGCGGGCAGAAGGGUCUGAAGAACUGUGACGCUUUUGACCCUGUGGCCAAAACCUGGACCAACUGUGCCUCCCUCAACAUCAGGAGGCACCAGGCAGCAGUGUGCGAGUUGGACGGCUUCAUGUACGCGAUCGGAGGGGCGGAGUCGUGGAAUUGCCUGAACACCGUGGAGCGCUACAACCCCGAGAACAACACCUGGACUCUGAUAGGUUCCAUGAAUGUGGCUCGCAGAGGGGCCGCCGUUGCCGUUCACGCAGGCAAACUGUUUGUUGUCGGCGGCUUCGACGGCACCCACGCUCUCCGCUGCGUGGAGAUGUACGACCCCGCCCGCAACGAUUGGAAGAUGCUGGGCAGCAUGACAUCGUCUCGCAGCAACGCAGGCGUGGCCAUGCUGGGCGACACCAUCUACGCCGUGGGCGGCUUCGACGGAAACGAGUUCCUUAACACGGUGGAGGUAUACAACCCCGAGACGGACGAGUGGUACGACUGCGCCAAAGCCCCGUCUCCCCUCUCCGACUGAAGAGGGAAGACCGGGAGGAGGGAGAGCAGGGAUCGGCGUUUCAGUGCUUCACCUAUUUUUUUAUUUUUCCCCAAACUAACAGGCUUAGUGACGUAAUCGUGUUUCGUGAUGAUCUGUGUGUAUGAGCGGAUACGUGUGGGGUGGGGGGACGUUGGGCGAGGGGUCUUCAGUGAAGAUCGACUUAUAUGUAGGGGGGGUGGGGGGGGGUUGUUGCCCAAAGCAACAUGACGCCUUUGCAUAUUGCAUACAAUGGUUUUUGUGCUGUAUAUAUUUAGUUUCUUCCUCAUUUCUGUCACAUGCCAACACAUUUAGUGCUUCUUUUUCCUCCUUACAUUUCAAAGGUUUGUCACCUUUGAGGUUUCACAGAAGCGUUCGACUUUUGGUUAUUUAAAAGGUGUAUGGAGUGGUGAUGUUUUCAUUUAAGACUAUUUCUGUUGGGGGAAAUGUAAUUUUGCUCACACAUUUAAAGGUCAGUAGUUUGAAGCCUUACUCAAAAGUGCGAGUAGAUAAACACCUAUCAUGGCUUUUUGUGUCAUUUUAAACCAGCUGGAUUGCUUUUUGGAUCUUAAACGAUGGCCUUUUUUUAUAUUUUUUUAUACACUGCUGAUUUACCAGUUUAAAAAUAAAUAAAAAAAAUAGUAGUAGUAGCAGAGAGCUUCAGUCAUUGAAUCUAACCAGUGCCAGAUUUAGUUGCAUUCACGUGCACACACUACACACGCACAAACCAUGCUUCUGCUAACUACGUUUUUGUUUUUGUGACUUAAGAAAUUGAUGUAUGUAGACAUGCAGUUUACUAAAAAUCUUUUUUUUUUUCCGUCUUGGGUUUUAAAGUGUCAGGCAUUGGCAGAUUCUUCUGGAAGGAUUGUUAGAGCAAGAAAAUGACCACAUUUGUAACAUUUCUUAAUAAAUCAUUUAAACCAGA